AUGAUAAGUGUUUUCAAACCGAUUGUUGAACGUACUUUUCCACCGACAACCAUAAAUUUAUAUGAUCCGGAAUUAGUACAAUUUAAUGGAAGCACCAGUACGAUACCAGUAUUACCAUUUAAUCAUACUAUAGAGGAACUUAAUAGAGAUGUAUAUGUUAAACCAUUACAUUCACAUAAUGAUUAUUGGAGACAUCAACCUUUGUUUGAUGCUUUGAGUGUUGGUUGUGUUAGUGUUGAAAGUGACAUUUGGGUAUUUGAUAGAAAUUAUACUUUGAAUAGAACAAGUACAAUGAGUACUGGGAUUAAUGAGACAUUGAUUUUUAGAACUGGUGAGAUUUAUGUUGGACAUAAUCAAGAAUUUUUACGUCCUAUAAAUACAUUAUUUAAUUUAUAUUUAAAUCCACUUUUUCAAUUUUUACAGUUUGCCAAUCCUACUUAUACUUUUAUCGAUCAACAAGAACAUGAAAGAGGAGAAAGUCCAUUGAUUGGUGAUGAUAGUGUUAAAAAUAGUGUCUUUUAUAAUAAUGCUGAACAACCACUUUAUUUUUGGUUUGAUUUUAAAACAAACCCUAAUCUGACUUAUGAUGCUUUGAAACCAUUAUUACAACCAUUUAUAGAUAAAGGUUAUCUUGCAUAUUAUAACACUACAGAAGAUAAAUUUUAUCCCGGACCUUUGAUUUUAACAAUAACAGGUAAUUUACCAGUUGAAAAAGUAAUCGAUGAAGAAAUCAGGUAUUUCUUUUUAGAUGGUCCAUUACAAAAUUUUACUGCUGAUAAUACCAAUACUGAAUUCUUGGAAAAAUGGUCUAAAUUAUCUCGUGUUGCAAGUGGUUCAUUACAUAGUUUAUUAGGUGAUGAUUUAUAUCCAUCAACUACUAAGAAUACAUUUACAGAUGAACAAAAAGAUAAAUUAAAAGGAAUAUUUGAUAAAGCACAUGAAUAUGGAUUAAAAACUAGAAUUUGGGGUGAUAUUAUUUGGCCUUGGAAUUUAUUAAAUUCUCAUCUACAAGAUUUUUACCAAUUAGGUUCUGAUUUAUUGAAUGUUGACGAUUUGAAAAAAGCUCUGGAAUUAUUUCCUUAA